GAAGCUUCAAAAAAAUAACAGAAAACAAGUUUUGAAACAAAACUCUUCUUGCUCUUCGAGUCUUGAGACUCCUCCACAAGCUUCAAAAUGUCUCACGGUGUUGACAAGGCGGUCGAGGCGUUGCUUCGUGGCCAAGAAAGCGCUUACCGCUUGAAGACGGUGCUCGAACACGCAAGCUCAGUUCCAACCGAGCCUCUCUUCGAUAGCGUUCUUCAUUCCUUCUCCUUUGCUCUCUCUCUUUUUUCAUCUUCUAACACUCAACCACCACACCGCGAGUCUUCUCAGAGGAAGCCAACCCCCGUGGUGGCUCGAAAAUCGCCCAAGAAAAAUAGCCACGGAGAAGAAGGUUUAGAGCAAUACAGUCAUGAUUCACCAAAUCCGCACCACAACGACGGGUUUUCUUGGAGGAAGUACGGACAAAAAACUAUAAAAACCUCUUCCCACCAAAGGUGUUACUACCGGUGCGCCUAUGCCAAAGACAGAAACUGCAACGCUUUAAAGCGGGUGCAACAGAUAGAAGACAGUCCUUCUUUGUUCAGGACAACUUAUGUCGGAAAACACAUCUGUGAGGUUAAUGCUUUUUUCCAGCUUAACGACGAUAUUUGCAACGGUUCCAAGAUGAUUCGGUUCGACAAAAUCGACCAAGCCAUGCCUGACUCGGUUAUCCCUCAACCUGUUCCAGUAGAACAAGAUGCAAUUCUCAUCGAAAGCACAGACCAAAACAUGAACCUAGAAUGUGGUAGUAACGAGUUUUUGGUGGAUGAUGACCAGUUGUGGGGGUAUCAGAUUCCUCCAUGUUCUCCUGGAAAUUUUAUGUUCUUGGACGAUCUUUCUGAGUUUGAUUACAAUCCUUUCCACCUUUGAACAAGCACCUUUUUCAAGCUUUUUCUUAUGUUCACAUAGAGGGUAGACUAUGUCGUACGGGAAAAUGGCUUAUUCCCCUACGAACUAGUUGUUCCCGGCUUUUUCACACACGAACUUUUAAACCAUGCCAAAAACUACACGAACAACGGAAAUAUUGCUUAUUCCCUUAUGAACUAAUUAUUUUCAGCUUUUUCACACACAAUUUUUUAAACUUUGCCACAAACCACAUACACUAUGCUAUUUUUUGAAUUACAUACACAAACUAUCAAUUUUAAGCUAAUUCCCCUAAAAUCGUAAAUUGUUUUAUUUAAACAUUAACUUAGUUUAUAACAGGUGGAUAGCCCAUUUAAUUUGGGUUGAUAAAAAAGAAUAAUACAUCGUUUUUUUUUGGGUCAACUGCUCUUCUUCUUCAAAAAUCGUUUUACUCUUCAUCAUCAAUUGAGAAUUAAAUUUAUUAUUUUGUAAAAGAUUAAACGUUUUACAUGAUGCAUAAAGAAAGAAGAGCAGCAACAUAGCAGAUUGGUAAACUAGUAGUUGCUGCUCUCUUUUUUUAUGCAUCAUGUAAAACAUUUAAUCUUUUACAAAAUAAUAAAUUUUAUUCCUAAUUGAUGGUGAAAAAUAAAACGAUUUUUGAAGAAGAAGAGCAGUUGACAAAAAGAAACAAAAAAGAACAAAACGAUGUAUUAUCUUUUUUAUCAACCCAAAUUAAACCGGCUAUCUACCUAUCAUAAACUAAGUUAAUGUUUAAAUAACACAAUUUAUGAUUUUAGGAGAAAUUAGCUUAAAAUUGAUAGUUUGUGUAUGUAACUAAAAAAAUAGCGUAGUUCAUGUGGUUUUUGGCAAACUUUAAAAAUUUGUGUAUGAAAAAGCUGGAAAUAAUUAGUUUAUAAGGAAAUAAGCAAUAUUUAAGUUGUUCGUGUGGUUUUUGGCAUGGUUUAAAAGUUCGUGUGUGAAAAAGCCGGAAACAACUAGUUUGUAGAGAAAUAAGCCAUUUUCCCCUAUGUCGUACUAUGGUACUUGCUAUAUUUUGUAUUUAGUUUAUAUUUGAGUGUGUUUAGAUUCAUGAAUGGUGACACCGUUCUCGCGUCACCAUUUUUACGUCAGCGUUGAGACGUAUCUGUCUCCGCUUGAUUCAAAUAUUGUAAACAACUACUGUUUAUCUUUUGAAUGAUAUAACGUUAUAUCGAGUGUUUA